CCUGCCGCCGCCGCCGCCUGAGGCAGGCCGGGCCUUCAAGAUGGCGGCGGGAGCCCCGAGCGGCUCGGCCCGGCUGUAGCGGCCGCCGCCGCCGCCCACCACCGCGCGUUGGCUUCGGCUCGCCAGGAGGAUGGUAAAAUGACCCAGGGGAAGAAGAAGAAACGGGCCGCCAACCGCAGUAUCAUGCUGGCCAAGAAGAUCAUCAUUAAGGACGGCGGCACGCCUCAAGGAAUAGGCUCUCCUAGUGUUUAUCAUGCGGUUAUAGUCAUCUUUUUGGAAUUUUUUGCCUGGGGAUUGUUGACAGCGCCUACCUUGGUGGUACUACAUGAAACCUUCCCUAAACAUACAUUUUUGAUGAAUGGCCUAAUUCAAGGUGUAAAGGGUUUGUUAUCAUUCCUCAGUGCCCCACUUAUUGGUGCUCUUUCUGAUGUUUGGGGCCGAAAAUCCUUCUUGCUGCUAACAGUAUUUUUCACAUGUGCCCCAAUUCCUUUAAUGAAGAUCAGCCCAUGGUGGUACUUUGCUGUCAUUUCUGUUUCUGGAGUUUUUGCAGUGACUUUCUCUGUGGUAUUUGCAUAUGUAGCAGAUAUAACCCAAGAACAUGAAAGAAGUAUGGCUUAUGGACUGGUCUCAGCAACAUUUGCUGCAAGUUUGGUAACCAGCCCUGCAAUUGGAGCCUACCUUGGAAGAGUUUAUGGGGACAACUUAGUGGUGGUUUUGGCUACAGCCAUAGCUUUGCUAGACAUUUGUUUCAUCCUUGUUGCUGUGCCAGAAUCACUGCCUGAGAAGAUGAGGCCAGCAUCUUGGGGAGCACCGAUUUCCUGGGAACAGGCCGACCCCUUUGCAUCCUUAAAAAAAGUGGGCCAAGAUUCCAUAGUGCUGCUGAUCUGCAUUACGGUGUUUCUCUCCUACUUACCGGAGGCAGGCCAAUACUCCAGCUUUUUUUUAUACCUCAGACAGAUAAUGAAAUUUUCACCAGAAAGUGUUGCAGCAUUUAUUGCAGUCCUUGGCAUACUUUCCAUUAUCGCACAGACCAUAGUCUUGAGUUUACUUAUGAGGUCAAUUGGAAAUAAGAACACCAUUUUAUUAGGUCUGGGAUUUCAGAUACUACAGCUGGCGUGGUAUGGCUUCGGAUCAGAACCUUGGAUGAUGUGGGCUGCCGGGGCAGUGGCCGCCAUGUCCAGCAUCACCUUCCCCGCCGUUAGUGCACUUGUUUCACGAACUGCUGAUGCUGAUCAGCAAGGUGUUGUUCAAGGAAUGAUAACAGGAAUUCGAGGGUUGUGCAAUGGUCUAGGACCAGCUCUUUAUGGAUUUAUUUUCUACAUCUUCCAUGUGGAACUUAAAGAAUUACCAAUGACAGGAACAGACUUGGGAACAAACACAAGUCCGCAGCACCAUUUUGAACAGAAUUCCAUCAUCCCUGGUCCCCCCUUCCUCUUUGGAGCCUGUUCGGUACUGCUGGCCCUGCUUGUUGCCUUGUUUAUUCCGGAACAUACUAAUUUAAGCUUACGGUCGAGCAAUUGGAGAAAGCACUGUGGCAGCCACAGCCAUCCUCACAGUACACAGGCUCCAGGAGAGGCCAAAGAACCUUUACUUCAAGACACGAACGUGUGAUGACAGACAUUCGGAUGGCUUUUCUAUCAGCACCCAAGUUUUAGUUUUCACCAGUAGUUCUGGAUAUACAUUCCAUUUCCAUCUACAAUGUACUUCCAGAUUGUCUAAAGAAAUGUAUCUGCAUGAACUCCGUGGGAACUAAAGAAAGAACAGGACAGUUUUUCCAAAGAUGUUACAGUUUCUUUCGAAAAGAAACCUUUUGUUUAUGACUACCGAUUUCUUGCCACUAAGCUAUUUGUUUUAUUCUAUACAUCAGUUUAAAUCUAUAUGUGUCACUUCUUAGAAACUAGCAAUGUCUCUGCUACCAUUUCCUUCAGGUGUUGAGCUUUAACUAUUUAUGCUGACACAGUGAGACAGAGUAUGAAGUAUGGUUGUGGACC